AGCUUUGGGGAUGAUCCUUCGUUAUAAAGGCAACAGCACUUCUGACAACCUCUGUGAAGAUAAGAUCCAUGAAGUGUUGCUAACUACCUCUAAAAAGCUAAAAAAUUCCGUUAACUUGUACAUGGUAUUGAUAAUGGUGGUGAUGACCAUUCUUUGUAUCCUCGUAAUACUGAGAUCAUCACGAUGCAAUACGUCUAACAUUCGAGAAAUUGGAAUGCUGGUCAAACUGAGGUUUAUAUGCAUCUGUGACACGGAAGGUACUCAUGGUAAAUGUGAUGACAACGAAGAAGAAACUAAACUAAAAACUGCGCCAGAGACUGGCAGAGCUGUGGAUGGGAGUAUUUCUGAAGCAAAACCCAGGAUACUGAUGGCAAUGAUGAGCACUGAUGAAACUGAAGCUCCAACAAUGGAAUAUAGAUCCGAAAUUUUGGACAUUGAGACCAUGCCAGGUAUUGGCGGUACAGAAGACAAUAUCCCAUUCCCUGUACAGGAAAACGGAAGAAAUUCAAACACAUAUUAUCCCAUUGAGGAACAGAACCAAAAACAAUACUACCAGCCUGUAAUGACAGAGGCCAAAUCUGGGACACAAGCAAGUUCUUAUGUACAUGAUGUUGAAGCCAGGUGGAUAUCUGCGUUGACUUAUUGACCUGGUGACUUCUUAGCCAUUUGAAACUGAUUUUUUCAUGCAGCUGAAAUGAGUCCAUGGACUGUCAGAA